AUGUGGCAGUUUCGACGCCUCACUUUUGGAGGAGAAGCAGCCCUUCGCUCUCGCAUGCACUCGAACGCGGAUGCUUUCACCGGCUUAUCGGGCGAUGUCGUGCUGCACAACGGGUUCCCAACUCCUCAGGCUGACAUUGCGUUCUCCCACACGACUGGAAAAACGGCAAAUGGGCGUCGGAUCGUCCCACUCUCGCCCAUACUGCCUGCGUUCCAUGUAAUCCAACAAUGA